GCAGUGGUGGCGCCUUAGCGGUGACCAUGGACGACGGUUCGAUAAGCGGCGCCAGUGUGCGCGGCUUGGCGCUCACAACGGCGGCAACAACAAAGGAUGCGCACGACAAUGUCGACAGCACCAGCGGUGGCGGCAACGCAAUCAACAACAGCAACAACACAAGCAGCGGUAGCAACAACAACAAUAGCGCGCGUUACCUCGGCAGUCUCAGCGAUUGCCAGAACGUGAGCAGCAGCGGUAUUGGCAUUGGCAGCGGCGGUGGCGGCGGCAGCGAUUUGAGUGUCUCAGCCGUUGGCACAUCGGCCAUAACGCACAUCAAGCAAUCGCCAACAUCGCCGAGUCCAAUGAGCAGCAACGCUUUGGAAGCCACACCAACUGUGCUACAACAACAACAUCAUCAUCGACAAUCAAACGAAGAGCUGUUCGGCGCCACAGCCGCCACGGCCAUUGUGGCACAUCCCCAUUCGACGUUGGCGACGCUCGACAUGCAGCAGCAACAACAGCAGCAAGCACAUGCGCAUGCGCAACAACACCAUCACCAGCAACAACAACAACAGCAGCAGCAACAGCAACAUUUACAAAGACUCGGCAGCUUGAACAGCAUCAGCGCCACUGCCAGCGCAGCAGCCGCCGACGUCGUAACCAGCAGUCGCGGCGGUAUUGGCGCGCUCACGCACACGCUCGGCAGCGGCAGCAGCUUGCUAAACGAGCGUCCGCCACCACCGCCGUACAGCAGCAGCGCUGCUGUUAUGGCUAGCAAAGUAUUUCAUGCCGGCUCCUGCGCUGCCAGCAGCAUGGAGGCGUUGAACGCCGAUGAACCGCCACUAGCGGCGUCGAGCUCGCGCCUAACCGCUUACGAACAGUUUCUCAAAUUGUCCGCACAAGAGUAUGCAGCGACGUCGGCGUCCGACAAUGCGUCGGUGCUGAAUUUGAGCAGCAUCGGUAAGGCGGCAUCAGAGAACGAUUUGAUGUUGCGGCACGCGAAUGUCGCAGCGGUUAUGGCGGCCGCAGCGGCGGGGAGUGUCAGCGUGGUGGAGGGCAGCGGUGUUAACAUCGCGGAUAGUUGUGAGCGUAAUUAAUUGGUUGUUGUUGUUGUAAUCUUAAUGAUUUUUGUAUGAUUGUUGCGUUCGCUUUUGCUUGACGACAACGGUGAUAAAGGGGUGAGCUGCGCGAUGUGAGGAUAACGGACUUUGAAAAGUGCGGUUAUGUCCAAAUUCUUCUAAAAAUUGUCACAGCUUUUUCUUCUUCAUGACAAUUCGGUUCCAGCUCUUGUAAGACAACUGUUGAAGACAUUUCUUUUUCAAAAAAAAAUCGAAGCUUAGGUUUCUCCUUGCUAUUCGGCUCACCUCUCUUCCGCCGGCGCUGUCGACUAAGCAAAAAGUUGUUGUACUUGCAUCGACACACACACACACACAUACACACAUGUACAUUUAUAUGAUCUCAAAGAAAUACAAGCAAUGUUUUUAUGUGUUGAAUUUCUUUAUUUACUUGAUUUUAUGUCUCUUUCUAAACACAAAUGCAAUACAAAAUAACAAAAACAACAAAUAUUUUACUGACGCAAUGCAAUAAGGCAAACAGUAAUAAUAAUAAUAAAAAUAUAAAAAAUUAAAAUAAAAUUAUGAAAAUUAAUAAUGAAAAU